CAGUUCACCGCAAACAUGACCGAGGCUGUCAAAACCUAUCAGUGGCAGUGCAUUGAGUGCAAAUCCUGCAGCCUUUGUGGGACCUCUGAGAACGACGACCAGCUGCUCUUCUGUGACGACUGUGACCGUGGCUAUCACAUGUACUGCUUGAAUCCACCAGUCUUUGAGCCCCCUGAAGGAAGCUGGAGUUGCCACUUGUGCCGGGAGCUGCUCCGAGAGAGAGCGUCUGCCUUCGGCUUCCAGGCCUGAGGAGCUGCAGCAAUCGAGAAGCACUUUGCUCCCGGUGUUGUUGUACCAGCACAAAAUUCCCAUCUGGAACACACAGACACAAGCCACAUCGGGGCAAAUGGACACUCAAAUAGAUGAAGAGGUAUCUAUGAUGUUCACUGUCAGAGAGUAGGU